GCAGUCAGGAGGAUCAGCCGUGCGUGUAGCGCUGCUUCUGAACGUCUCCUCCCCUGUUUCUGCAGUGUUACUGCUUUUCCUUCUCGCUCAUCGUUUCUUGUGCCAAUGCUGCCCACACCGCAAAGAGUAAGACAAGACUUCCAUUUGCACAGCACCACACUCCUGUUUUCUUGUCUGCCACCAUCCCUCUGCUUCAUGUCCAUCUUGUCCUGAUCUGUGUACUGUGUGUGGUUUGCGUCCUCUCAAUUCUUCACCAUUCAUUCACGCCUACUCUCAUGUGCAGUCCUUGUUCCUUCUUUGCGUUAUCCAGCUCAGACAGAAGAGCAGGGUAUCCUUUCACUGUUCAUUUUUCGGAAACAAAAGAAAAACAUCUGAAAGCGUUUUUGUUUUCAUUUACGGGUUGGAAGAAAUUCUGACUGAUUCAAGCGGGGCGAAAGAAGAUACAGACAGUCAUUUAAUUUAUUAUUUUACGCAUCAACAAUCGCACGUAGUCUGGAGAGGAGAAAGCUGGAAACACAUUGUGGGUUUGAAAGAUCACUUAGCUUGGCGGAAGGUGUCGCGGUGAUGCUACGGAGAAAAUUCAAAGGGAGGAACUAAUCAGACUGAGCUAAGUUUGCUGAGGUAGGAUACCUGUCCAAAGAAAUUGAGAAGCACAGUGGAAAGCUACGCGUCAAAUCCAAGACCAGCGCAACAAGCCAAGACCAUUACACCAACCCGCUGUGUGAAUGGCACACUGGGUGUCUUCUUCUUUUGAGCUGGUGCAGGGAAGCCACGCGGUGACCAGGAUCCAGCUGAGGUUCUGGGCUUUGUAUUUAUAUGAGCGUUAAGUACAUCUCCUGAGGCCACAACUUCCACACUAGGCUGACUCACUGGCAGCUGCACCAGAAGUUAGAACGACCCUUCAAAUGUGACGUGGUUUGAUCUCUGGCAUUAGAAGACUCCAAACAUCAUCAUCACUACCAUGAUUUUGCACAAGCAUAUCUUGAACCUCACUCCCUCUGUCACCCCAUGCAUGUUCAUCUCUCUUUUGCUGCUUCUUCUCCCGGGAGUCGCUCAUUUCUCCCAUGGCAGCGCUGGCCAUGAAGAUACCAGCAGCACCCCUGGUAACUGCUCCAGUGAGGAUAACUGCUCAGAGGGUGUAGUCCUGCCCAUGUGGAACCCCCAGAACCCUGCAGUGGGUGACAAGGUGGCACGUGCCAUUGUUUACUUUGCAGCUCUCAUAUACAUGUUCCUGGGCAUGUCCAUCAUCGCUGACCGUUUCAUGUCUUCAAUCGAGGUAAUUACCUCUCAGGAAAAGGAAAUCACCAUAAAAAAGCCCAAUGGGGAAACGACAACGACUACUGUGCGCAUCUGGAAUGAGACGGUAUCCAACCUGACCUUGAUGGCAUUGGGCUCAUCGGCGCCAGAGAUCCUCCUCUCUGUCAUUGAAGUCAUUGGCCAUAAUUUUGAGGCUGGAUCUCUGGGGCCCAGCACCAUUGUAGGCAGCGCAGCAUUCAACAUGUUCAUCAUCAUUGCUAUCUGUGUCUACGUGGUGCCUGAAAAUGAAACUCGCAAGAUAAAGCACCUGCGGGUAUUUUUUGUCACCGCUGCUUGGAGUGUGUUCGCUUACAUCUGGCUCUACCUCAUCCUGUCUGUGUUCUCCCCCGGAGAGGUGGAGGUUUGGGAGGCAGUCCUCACCUUCCUCUUCUUCCCUCUCUGUGUGCUGCAAGCCUGGAUAGCGGACCGGCGCCUGCUCUUCUACAAGUAUGUCCACAAGCGUUACCGUGCUGACAAGACCCGUGGCAUUAUCAUUGAGUCAGAGGGAGAUGCCAUGUUCACUAAAAUGGACCUAGAGAUGGAUGGGCAGGGUACGAACUCCCACACUCACCCCAAAGAAGCUCUCGAUGGGAUGCUGGAGGGGGUGGAGGAAGGUGGGGGGAUGAGUGCUGAGCAAGAUCAAGAGGAAGAAGCACGUCGAGAGAUGGCACGCACCUUGAAAGAAUUAAAACAAAGGCAUCCAGAGAAAGACAUGGAGCAACUGAUUGAGAUGGCCAACUACCAAGUGCUGGUCCAGCAACAGAAGAGUCGAGCCUUCUAUCGCAUUCAAGCCACACGCAUGAUGAUUGGAGCAGGGAACAUUCUGAAAAAGCAUGCUGCUGAUCAGGCUAGGAAGGUGGUGAGCUGCCAUGAGGCCAGUGGGCAAGAGGAGGAUCCCAACACCAUCUAUAUGCAGUUUGACCCCUCUCACUACCAGUGCUUUGAGAACUGUGGCUCUCUAAAGCUAUCAGUGAGCCGCCAUGGUGGAGAAAGCGGCUGCACUGUUAAGGUGGACUACCGGACGGAGGAUGGGACUGCUAAUGCAGGCUCAGACUACGAGUUUGCUGAGGGCACUUUGGUCUUCAAACCUGGUGAGACGACAAAAGAGUUCACCGUUGGAGUUAUUGACGAUGACAUUUUUGAAGAGGACGAGCACUUCUAUGUGCGCCUCAGUAACCCACGUAUCGUGCACCGAGCAGAAGUCUCCGUCCUAGAGCCAAACUCUAUCACCUCCAGCAACAGCACAGUGGGCAUCUCCUCCCACGUUCCUCCAAAGGCAGCCCUGGGUGGCGCUCACAUCGCCACGGUUACCAUCUAUGACGAUGACCAUGCUGGCAUUUUCACAUUUGAGAGCAAGUCCACUAAGGUCAGUGAGAGCAUCGGAAACAUGCAGGUGAAGGUUCACCGGACGUCCGGGGCGAGGGGGAAGGUUGCCAUACCUUACCACACCGUUGAGGGUACAGCUAAAGCAGGGGAGGACUAUGAAGAAGUAUCCGGCAAGCUGGAGUUUCAGAAUGAUGAGACCAUGAAGUUGCUGAAUGUGAAGAUCAUCGAUGACGAGGAGUACGAGAAAAACAAAACUUUCACAAUUGUGCUGGAGGAGCCCAUACUGCUGGAGGUGGGACAGAGGCACGGAGACUCUAAUGAUAAUAAGACUGCAGUGGGACCAGAGGACGUGUCAAAGAUGGGCUGCCCCAGUCUCGGAGAGCACACUAAGCUGGAGGUUGUCAUUGAGGAGUCUUAUGAAUUCAAGAGCACGGUGGACAAGCUGAUCAAGAAGACCAACCUGGCUCUGGUGGUGGGGAGCAGCAGCUGGAGGGAGCAGUUUGUUAGUGCUGUCACUGUUAGUGCAGGUGAUGAUGAUGAGGAGGAGAGUGGGGAAGAACGACUGCCAUCCUGCUUUGAUUACAUCAUGCAUUUCCUGACUGUUUUCUGGAAAGUACUUUUCGCUUUUGUACCACCAACUGAAUACUGGAACGGCUGGGCCUGCUUCUUUGUUUCCAUUUCCCUUAUUGGCGUUCUGACAGCUGUGACCGGAGACUUGGCCUCACAUUUCGGCUGCACCGUCGGUCUCAAAGACUCGGUCACUGCUGUGGUGUUUGUGGCCCUUGGCACCUCUGUUCCAGACACAUUUGCAAGCAAGGUGGCUGCCAUCCAGGAUCAAUAUGCUGACGCUUCCAUCGGAAAUGUGACAGGCAGCAAUGCGGUGAACGUCUUCCUGGGCAUCGGGGUGGCGUGGACCAUUGCGGCAAUUUACUGGCACAGUAAAGGUAAGAUGUUCAAGGUGAACCCAGGUUCCCUGGCCUUCUCUGUCACUCUCUUCACCAUCAUGGCGCUGGUGUGUGUGCUGGUGCUGCUCUACCGCCGACGUACCAGCGUAUCAGGAGGAGAGCUCGGGGGCCCACGGACAGCCAAGCUCAUCACCUUCUUCAUGUUCCUCUCUCUCUGGUUCAUCUACAUCCUGUUGUCCUCCUUGGAGGCGUACUGCCAUGUGCCUGGCUUCUGAGAACAAGAAAAGGGCACAGAAACAACUUGUUUUUACAGUCCAAUGAACAUGUUUUCUCUCUGUUUUUGUCUAUUUUCACAAAGGUUUAUAACUAUUUGUAUCAUUAAUUAUUAUUAAUACAGCACAAUAUUUGAUUAUGAAUCUAAAGACUUUGGAACUUUGUUACCACUCAUGCUGUGAAAGUUAGCUUUAGCCUAUAAAAUGGAACUUUUCUCAGCUUUGUUUUCCAUUUUUGAGAUACUGUGUUGCACAGGACAUUUAUCUAAUCAUUGGUCUCAGCACAAAUUGCAUCAACACCCACUUUCAUGUGACAAAUACAGCUUCUGGCAUCACCUCCUCUCUUUGCGUGAGCAGUUUUUUAGGGUUUGAGGUGUUGAAAAACCACAAUCAUAAGUAUUGACUUGAAAGAUAAACUGAAGAUGGUGCAUGGGAUGACGUUGUAUCGUACGUAUUGUAAGAUGAAAGCUUGAGGUGGAAGGUGAAAAAAUUGUGUGAUGAUAUUUAAAUCUCAGUCUAUACAUUAAUUAUUCUUUGUAUAUCAUGUAAAAGAUGAACAUUGUGCGUGGGAGUUUUGUGGAAGACUAGGUGUGUUUAUUUUUGCACGUUCUCAGAUUUAUAGUUUCUUGGUAACCUAUUUUAAAGUGCUGUAUGUAAUAUAUUGACAUGGCUGUUGAAGUGUUGACGUGUUCCUGUAUAUGUGAAUAACAGCUGUAUCAUACACUCUUCACUGCCCUUGCUCACAAAGCCUUCUCAAUCAGUUUGAGAUAGCCAAGUUUUUUUUUUUAUUUGUUUUUUUUAAUGACCUGGAGCAGAGUGCUCACUUCUAAUUGUACAAAUUCUUUGAUUACAAUUAUUAAUUUUACUUAUGUAUGUGUGUGAGUGAGUGUAUAGCGAGUGUGUGCGCCUCUUCACUCCAGCACAAAUUAGUAGAAAUGCUUGGCACUCUCUCCUCUUUGAUGCUACAAAUGGUACAGGGUAGUUCAUGGCAAAAAAAAAAAAAAAAGAAAUGUUGGAGUCUGUGUCCAGAUAUGAACAGGAAGUCUGUUUACUUCUAUUUGCUGACACUGUGAACAUUUUUCAGCAGAAUCACUUAGAAAAAGCACAGCACCAAGCAAAGGGACACAUUUUAAAUGAGACUAGAUUGAAUCUGUUAUAGCACAAUCACCAAGCAGGUCCAUCACUUGACCUGAAAAGAUGUGUUAAAAGAGAAGAUGUAAAGUAUUUCUUGAGUGUCUCUUUGUGCUACGCAGCAGUUGAUACUGAAGCUGUUUUUUAAUUAUUCUAGAAUGUGUAUAGCCAUAUUUAUUGUAACUGUAUAACAGUAGAAGUAUUUAUAUGAUCUAUUUUACUUUUAUUGGUAUGCACGUUUAAUGUAUAAAAAGUUUAAAUAAAUGUU